AUGGGCCGAUAUUCCCGUCGAACCCUCUUUCUCAACUUUACCACCGAGAUCAGUUUCCUUCCCAGCAACGCUGAUAAACCUUGUUUCACUGAGAAUAAUCCAUUCAUCGGCAAAGAAGAGCUUCAAUUGAACGGAUCGUCCACUCUUUGCGUUCAAAUCAAUAAUUAGAGGAUCCGCAGUAUAGGAGUGAACGUCUGAGGCGAUGUCUGGAGUAGAUGGAAAAGUUGUUCCGUCGAUGCUGAAUGAAAGCUCAAUCCGUCGUGGAAUUCGAAUCUUUUUAGCAGGCAAAUUCAAGGCAUAGAGGUGUAGGGCUUGAAAAGUUCGAAGACCCGAAAAUCGAUAAACAAGAUCCACGACUGGCGAAGGUGAUCUCCGAGCCUCCUCCCACCUUGAACGAUUCCAUCCAACCAGACAGUCUCCGUCUGUGACAGUCGCAGCUCCAGAUCUCUCCGAGUCAUGUUGCCAAGGCGAUAAAUCAAAGGCUUUUGUCGAGGUAGAAACACGAGAGUCAGAAAGACAUCCGAGACCAUUAUGGAGGAUUCCACCCCUAGGAUCGCUUUGACCUUCGUAGCAGGUGUCACGUAGAUUGAUAGGUGCCGAGCCAUAUGAAGUGGAGGUGAAAUCACUGCCACCUGGUAUCUUGUAUUCCACCAAUUCGUCUGA